UUGGAACCUGAGUCAACUCUUCCUCACUAUAACUCUGCCACUUUCUAAAUUUUGUUUCAGGAAGUUCAGUUGCUUCCAUACGGAGGAAAACAAAUUAUAGAUGAUGAUGGAGGAGGGUUCUCAAGAAGAUACAUCCUGUCUGUUGAUGCAAUUGGAACAUAUAUUGGGAUCUGACCCUCUUAUUGAUGAAGUAGGAUUCGUUCAUCCAACUCAGUUAAUGGCAUUAAAUGGUGGCUCAGCAGGUUCGCUGGAUGCAUCUGUCAAUAGUUUUCAACAAUCAUCUGAUCAUGUUGUGGACACUGAUAUUUUGGGACAUGACAGUAAUGUUUUCUGGACCAGAGAUCAUAAAUUAGCCAUUUCUACCCAAGCUCUUCUGCCCCUGCACAGUGCUGCUAAGCAGGCAUUCAUGACCGCAAUCGGACAGUAUAAGAUGUUACACAACCUAUGCCCAAAGACAGAUAUAUUGGUAGAUGAGACUGUGCAAAAUAGAUCUCUAGCUUCUGAAAACCUUCUUGAAAGUGAAGUCAUGAAGCACAGCAAGGCUCUUUUGUUGCUAAGUUGUGACUUUGGUAGUGCAUGGAAUGGCAGGAAACUGGUUCUUUCAAAGAAGCAACAGUUUUCACUGUUUAUGGAUGAACUGCUUCUGUCAGCUCUUAUUCUUUCUUAUUCGCCAAAGAGUGAAUCUGCUUGGAGCCAUAGGCGGUGGGUGAUCAAAACAAUAUCUGGAAAGUGCCCAAAUCUGCAAGAGAUGGUAGAAAAAGAGUCUGAGCUUGUGGAGAAUAUAGCUGAGAAAUUAAAGAUGAACUACCGUGCAUGGUGUCACCGUUGCUGGCUCAUUUCCUACAUGACAAAGGAACAGAUGCUAUCUGAGCUGAAGAAAUCAAAACAAUGGGCUGAAUUGCAUGUCGCAGAUAACUGCUGUUUCCAUUAUCGCAGAAAAUUGAUGCUUAAGAUUUUAGAGGACAGCUGCUCAAGACAGGAUCCAGAAUUUUGCUCCAGUCAUGUGCCUGACCUUUAUCAAAUGUGGAAGGAGGAGCUUGACUGGGAUGAGACUUUGAUCAGGCGUUUAAUAGGGAGAGAGGCUCUGUGGGUUCAUCGCCGCAUCCUCUCUCUGUGUUGGAUAAAGCAUUUUGUUUCUGAUCUUCAAGGUGCAUUUUGCCAUUCCAAAAUCCACCCUGGGAUAAAUCAUGAUAUGCAUUCCUUUAUUUAUAAUGAGAUGCAACUAUUUCACGCAUGCUUAGCUGUUUUGGAUGAUGAGUUUGAGGAUGGCCAAGCACAGGCAUCGUUUGCAGCUGCUUACAUUUUGUGGUUGUUGAAGCAAAUUCCUCAAUCUCAAGGUAUCGAGCUUGAAGAGAAGCUAAGGGAACUAGGAGGCAUCAAAACAUUGCUAAAUAAGUUAUGCCCAUAUAGGACUCAACUUUGGGAUGGUUUAAUGAGCUGAGAAGGCAGAUUUUACUGUUUAAUGAUGAUGUAUGAAAUUACAGGGUUGUACUAAUUAGUCCUGUCUACCAUACAAGGAGCUCCUACAUUAUCACAUUCACUUUACCAGUCAGGAUUGUAUUUAUUAUUUACAUGAAUUUGAAUCCAUAAAUUAUAUCAUUUUAUAGAGCCAGAUAUCUUAAGAGUGACCCAUUCCAAAAUUAUUAAUUCUUCCAGCCUGAUCUAUCUUGUGAUCUGAGACUUCAGACCAGUUAUGCUAGUUGAGGAUGAGGCAGAUCUUGUUUAAAUAUUCGAUACAGAGAUACGCACAAAUUUAGUUGACAAUUUAUUGUGGCAUUUGUGAAUUUGGGAAGUUUGUUAA